AUAUGACAACUGUGGGGGGUGAUAUUGUUCCAGCAUUAAGUUGCCUUUUACGCGCAAUUUAUAUAGGACGAUAUAUAGUUUAAUUAUCCCCCAAAAAGGCGCUUCCAGAAAAAAUAACUCGUGAAGAAAAGGUGCAACUAUAGCUUCACCCUGUGCAUGUUUUAGAAGAAGGAUUGCAGAGAGGAGGAGAUGCGGUUAUAGGGAGUAGGCAGCUCAAAGGGCAGUUUCAGAUGGCUCAUAUUCCGCCGUAUGUAACUGUACUGUGCAGAGAUAGCAGCGGUGGAGCAGCAAAGCGGACGCACCCUCAGCAUCUGCAGCAGCACAUCAGCGCGUCCAGCCGGGCUCUUCACCCGUUGGGUAGAAAAGCGCGCACAGAGUCCAGGAAACGCUCUGAGACGCAGGCUUUUCCCCAAGGAACGGACAUGAGAUUCCACAAGUAAUACGCGUAAAACUGAUGUGGACAAAAAAAAAAAAACGAAUUUUCUUUUCACUUUUCUGCUCAGUUGUGUUUCCUCAUUCAUUGUGCGCCCCUAUGAAGAGCAUUAACUAUCCCUCCCUCCAAUCCCAUUGAAAAGGCAGCGAGGAAAAGAAAAAAAAAACAGAAGGAGAUGAGAGCAGCAAAUCCCUUUUUUAUUCCUCUCGUAGCGCUCAAUAAGAGAAGAAUGUGUUGCCUAUCAGUCACCGAGGGGAUCAAAUCUUCGGGACUGUCCCACGCGUUCAUUGCGUCUCGCAAAGCAUCACUGAGAGAGACAGAGUAAAGAGGACAGCAGCAGCAUCCUGCCUGGACACUUCACAUCAUUCAACAACCUGCUUCCACUCAGGAUCCAUUUAAGUCAAUUAGGACCAUCUCAACGGAUGUUUGAAAGGAAGCCACGAUGAGGAGUCUGGCUCUGCUGUUGGGAGUGAAAGCCGCCUGCAUCCUCUUGGUGUCUUCGCUCUCCCGCACGGGGGCCGUGAACAACAGCGGCCGGUGGUGGGGUAUUGUCAAUGUGGCUUCCUCAUCCAACCUCCUUACCAAUUCCAAAAGUGUUCAGUUGGUCCUGGACCCCAGCCUGGCCCUCCUGAGUCGUCGUCAGCGCAGGCUGAUUCGGCAGAAUCCUGGCAUCCUACAUGCCGUCGCGGCAGGGCUGCACACUGCCAUAAAGGAGUGCAAAUGGCAGUUCCGCAGCCGCCGCUGGAACUGCCCAACCACCCACGGUUCAGCAGUUUUUGGCAAAAUUGUCAACCGUGGUUGCAGAGAAACUGCGUUUUUAUUUGCCAUCACCAGCGCCGGAGUAACCCAUGCUGUUGCUCGAUCUUGCUCAGAAGGAGCUAUUGAGUCGUGUACAUGUGAUUAUCGGCGCAGAGGUCCUGGAGGCCCAGACUGGCACUGGGGGGGCUGCAGUGACAAUGUGGAUUUUGGAAGGAUGUUCAGCCGUGAGUUUGCAGACUCCAGUGAGAAGGGCAGGGAUCUGCGUUACCUCACCAACCUGCACAACAACAAAGCCGGAAGAAUGAUUGUCUCCUCAGAGAUGCGCCAGGAGUGUAAGUGCCACGGCAUGUCCGGCUCCUGCACAGUGCGGACCUGUUGGAUGCGCCUGCCAAGUUUCCGCACGGUGGGAGAUUUUCUCAAGGAACGCUUUGACGGGGCAUCCAGAGUUGUGUAUGCCAACAAGGGCAGCAACCGUGCCUCUCACCGAGCUGAACCCAGACAUCUGGAACCAGAAAACCCAGCCCACAAACCCCCUUCAUCCAUGGACUUGGUCUACUUUGAGAAAUCACCAAACUUCUGCUCCUACAAUGGCAAAACUGGCACUUUGGGAACCUCUGGGAGAACAUGUAACAGCUCCUCUCCAGGUCUGGAUGGGUGUGAGCUGCUGUGCUGCGGACGUGGAUUUAAGACUCAGACUGAGAGUGUGACCGAACGCUGCCACUGCACGUUCCACUGGUGCUGUCACGUCAGCUGCUUGAACUGCACCAGCACCAGGACAUUACAUCAGUGUCUAUGAUUAAAGUUAGGAGAUCUGGGUGGUUAUUUGGGCAUGUAUCGGAGG